AUGUCUGCUCACGUUCCGACCUUGGGAGCUUUGGCAUCUUUUCAGGACGCAUUUUUCACGUAUCAAGGGAGCCUCAAUGCGGCGGCGUACGACAUCAUGGACGGAUGCCACGGCUCUCUGACCAGGAAAUCCCCCCCUCCCCCCUCCUCAGUGAACGAAUGUCGCACCGCUCGAGUAGCCGAGAUUCUGUCCGAUUUCCGCACUCUGCAGUAUUACAUCAUAUCCGCGCAGACGGAUCCGGACGAUGCACGAGACUACCACACGGAGGGCUGGGCCACCCUGCGGCAAUGCGCCAUUGACGGACAUCACAUCCUGGAAUGCGCCGCAGACACGCGCGUGCCCGUUGCCCAAGGCGGAGAGAAGGAGCAGACCAAGGCAGAGCUCAAGCAGGUUCUUCUGGACGCGUUUUCCAGGCGACACGAGGGACAGAAGAUUUACAUGAGGCAGAGCGCGGCGCGGCGCUGGAUAGAGUGCCGGGACCUGAUCUUGCGGGGGAACCGGCCGGUCCAGGCUGCCCGGCAGCAGCUGCGAGCCUGCGACGGUCGGUUGCGAGCAGAACUCGAGUCCCUUACAGACGAAAGCGUCUAUGCCGAGUUGGCGGCUGCGGACAACGCCCUCGGACGCUGGACGGCCGAGGAUCCAAGCUUGAGGCAUGUCGUCAGAUGGCUUCGGGCACGGCAACGCUAA